AGACCCUCCCCCUAUUUACCCCUUAUUCGUCCUAAAGUCAGUGUCAUCAUAAUAAAACGCAACUAGCGGGGGGUCUGGACCUCUGCCAUUCUUACAAAAGCGUCGCGGAUCUUCUGCGAGUCAAAGCCGAGUGCGCGCAUCCUCCGGGAGAACUUCUCGCGCUCUGAGAGGACGCAGGUGUCGCGCGCGCGUGCGGAGUAUCAUUUAGAGAGGUAACUUUCAAAACGGUCCCGUCUUCUUUGACAUACUUUGGCUUUGCCUUAAUCCUGUGGAUUUUGACUUUUAAGCUGUUUCCAUGACUAUCGUGUUAUAAAGCAGAUGUAAACAUUCAAAACAAACAGAUGAAGUAAAUCAAAGCAAUAGCACGUUGAAUGAUUUUCUUUUUUAAUUGAAAUGGACGAUAUGCUGGCUUGCUUCUGAGUGUUAUUGCACAUCAUUUAAAAAAAAAAAGCCAUGCCUCGGCCAGGCAAAAACUCCUACAGUGACCAGAAGCCUCCGUACUCGUACAUCUCUCUGACUGCCAUGGCCAUCCAGAGCUCCUCGGAGAAGAUGCUCCCCCUCAGCGACAUCUACAAAUUCAUCAUGGACCGCUUCCCGUAUUACCGCGAGAACACUCAGCGCUGGCAGAACUCACUCCGGCACAACCUUUCCUUCAACGACUGCUUCAUCAAGAUCCCCCGGCGCCCCGACCAACCGGGCAAGGGCAGCUUCUGGGCCUUGCAUCCAGACUGUGGAGACAUGUUCGAGAACGGCAGCUUCCUCCGCCGCCGCAAGCGUUUCAAGCUCCUGCGGGUGGAGCAUUCGGCUUGCAAGAGUGGCCCCGUGCUGCACUCCUACCACUCUCACCAUUCCCAGCACCCCUUGCAUCAAUCCCACCACCAUUCAAGCAAGCUGGGCGUGGGACAUCCGGAGUACCUGGGCACCAUGGGCCGCCUCUCUCACUUCCAGAGCUACUCGCUUGGCGGCGGGCAGAGCGGCGGCUUCAAGCACCCGUUCGCCAUCGAGAGCCUUAUUGGCAGAGACUAUAAAGGAGUGAUGGCCAGUGGUUUGCCCAUUGCGUCGGUCAUGCAUCACCUCGGCUAUCCCGUGCCCGUGGGCGGCAUGGUCAACUCCGUGUGGCCGCACGUUGGCAUGCUGUCCGAGCCGGUGUCGUCAGACUACCCACCGUUCAGUGUGGCGGUGAAGGGGCUGUACCAUCACCACCCGGGAACCCAGAGCAUGCCCGCCGUACCAGUGCCCAUCAAACCCACGCCGACCCUGGGCACGGUCCCGUCCUUGACUGGCAUGACGCCGGGAGUAACGCAGCUGUGCCCGAGAAGCGCAUCACUGAUGGAGAGAGACGCAACAACUCUCGUUGAGGAAAAAAGCGGGUCUCUCCAUCAUGCUCUCCUGCAGUCCUGAGCCAAAAAAAAAGGACCGGUGGGUACGUAAGAGCAUGCUUUUGGGGACGGCUGUGGACUGAUUUGAGAUGCCAAGCCUUUUCCAGAAGAUCCGCACUGUCCUUUUAAAAAGUGUUAAAUAAUAAGCUUUUAUGGCUGUGUAUUUCAGGCUAUAGUUUAUGUUAUGCAGAAUGCAGGUUGUCAUAUUCAGCUCUGCGCUUUUCUGCUUUGUUGAAUGAUGAGGUAUGUGUACAUGUUUGAACUUCUUUUAAAAACUGUGUACUGUACAAAGGACUGUAUAAACCGGCAUAAGGAAAAACAUGUAUCUGAU